ACCCUCCGCGCACCAAAGAUAGGACUCCUCUCCCCCCACUGACCUCUCAACCCUCCUGAGAACAAAACAACGCGGACGAAAAACGGCAUGCAUACUCAUCAAUUAAUGAACUGGAGCCCUAAUCCCCUCACCCCCUCCUCCCAACUAUCGAAUCCCUCCAGCAAUCGAACCUCAACUCUGCAUGUGUGCAGGGGCAGACCAUUGUCCAAAUCCAGCCCCCCUCCCCUUCAAUGUGAUAGAUCCAGAUAUCGACAGUACUCUAUCGCUAUCCUCUUGACAAUAUCUUUCUUUGCCCGCCACAACCGACAAUGCCCGCGGCCGGAAGAGAAGAUCACCCACCACACCCACCACACCCACACCACCACUUGGUGCAGUGCAGUGCAGUAGAGUUUCGCGGUCAGCGCGGGUACACCCGUAUCAGCAGGAGGUCCGUGGGACAAUCAUCGCGGCUGGCAUGCAUGCAUGCAUGCAUUUGUUCGUGAACGGGGGAAACUCUGAUAUGUAUCAACCACAUAAGAUUCCUGCAGACGAUUGGUUGCUGUGCGUGCGCAUUGACACUCACCACCACCACCACCGCCGUGGUAUUCCGAUCAUCCAGA